AUGAGUAGUCCACCCUUAUCUCCCUCGCUGGAUCCCGUCGCCAUGAGCGAGGACAUCGCCCCAUUGCCAUCUUACAAGGCUAGUGGCGUUGCGGAUGUCGAUUUUGAAGGUGUUCUUUCCAAACCUCUCAAGGUGCACGAAGAUGUCCGAUCUGGUUGUGGUGGCCAAACGUGGCCAGCAGGAAUGCUUCUCGGCAAGCAUAUGCUGCGCUACCACAAAGACCGACUUGCUGAUGCUCAAAUAUUGGAACUUGGAGCUGGAGGCGGUCUCAUAGGCCUUGCCAUUGCCCUAGAAUGCUCACUUCGAAAUCCGCUGUUGGUUACAGACCAGCUGGAGAUGUACGAGCUGAUGCAGCAUAACAUCGAGCUAAACAACUUACAAGACAAGGCAAAAGCCAUGGUGCUUAACUGGGGAGAGGAUUUGCCAGCAGCUGUACUGGAGCAAAAACCAGAUGUGAUCCUGGCUGGCGAAUGCGUUUACUUCGAACCAGCAUUUCCGCUCCUGAUGUCUACACUCAAGGCUUUAUUGGAGCUCAACCCUAACGCUGUCGUGUAUUUCUGUUUCAAGAAGAGGAGACGGGCUGAUAUGAACUUUGUCAAGAUGGCUAAGAAAGCCUUCAAGGUGGAAGAAAUCUUUGACGAGGACCGACCUGUCUUUCAGCGCCAGGGUCUUUUCCUUUUCUCAUUCACAAGCCGCUCAAGUCAACCCAAAGCCAACAAAAGCCAAAGUGAACCUCGAUCUGUCGAAUGA